GGUAUCAACAAUUAACCUCUCUGAUCUACAUGCACUUCCUUUUCCCUACAGCACAUAUCAUCUGCGGCUCUAUUUUCGUCUGAUUAGCGGACAUCGCCUGGACCCAAUCUGAACUGUUUACCUCUCUGAAAAGCGCACUAAGAGACGCCCGCGACGCUGCUCUUCGAUCACCAGUCAAGCCCGAGCCUGCGUCAACUCCAAGAUGAGCAACACCGACUUUGUCGGUCGAGCAAUUGACGUUGUUAAGAAGGCGAUCGAUCAGGAUACAGCUGGAGAAUAUGAGAAAGCAUAUCAACUAUACUACCAAGCGCUGGAACUGUUUAUGCUUGCGCUGAAAUGGGAGAAGAAUGCCAAGUCGAAGGACAUGAUCCGAGCGAAGGCCGCCGAGUACAUGGACCGCGCCGAGAAGCUGAAGAACCACCUCGCCGAAAAGGACGAUCGGAAAAAGCCGAGUGCAGUGGGCGCAAACGGGAAGGUAGCCUCCGGUAGUGGCAAAGGCAAGGAAGACGAAGAGGAGCUGGACGCCGACUCCAAGAAGCUGCGCGGUGCCCUCGCCGGUGCGAUACUGUUGGAGCGACCGGAUGUCCACUGGGAAGAUGUCGCGGGUCUGGAUCAAGCGAAGGAGGCCCUCAAGGAGGCGGUCAUAUUACCGAUAAAGUUCGAGCAUCUGUUCGUUGGGAAGCGGAAACCAUGGAAAGGCAUAUUACUUUACGGUCCGCCAGGUACCGGUAAGAGUUACCUAGCGAAGGCGGUAGCUACGGAGGCACAGAGCACGUUCUUCAGCGUCAGCAGUAGUGACUUGGUGUCCAAAUGGAUGGGCGAGAGCGAGAGGCUGGUGAAGCAGCUCUUCGCCAUGGCGCGCGAAAACAAACCCUCAAUCAUCUUCAUCGACGAAAUUGACGCGCUCUGUGGACCCCGUGGUGAAGGCGAAUCAGAAGCCUCACGACGUAUCAAGACGGAGUUACUGGUGCAGAUGGACGGCGUGGGGAAAGACUCGUCGGGCGUCCUCAUUCUCGGUGCGACAAAUAUCCCAUGGCAACUGGACGCCGCCAUUCGACGACGAUUCCAACGGAGAAUACACAUCAGUCUUCCGGAUCUCGGUGCACGACAACGAAUGUUCCAACUGGCGGUGGGAAACACUCCAGGGGAAAACUCGCUGAAUUACCGGAAAAUGGCGCAGAUGACCGAAGGAUACUCAGGGAGCGACAUUAGUAUUGCGGUGCAGGAUGCUCUGAUGUAUCCCGUUCGGAAGAUUCAAACCGCGACGCACUGGAAGAAGGUACACGUCGACGACGAGGAGAAGUACACCCCGUGCUCUCCCGGCGACCCCAAAGCGCUGGAGAUGGAUUGGACGCAAGUGGAUGCCAGUAAACUUCUGGAACCGCAGCUGGACACGAAGGACUUUGAGCGAGCGAUUCGAGCGGCCAGACCCAGUGUCAGUUCUGAGGACCUGGACAGGAACUCGGCGUGGACAAAAGAGUUUGGAAGCGAGGGGUCAUUGUAAUUCCCAGGUUUAUGGUCUAUAGGGACUUGAGGUCGCUUGAUUGGCAAGGCGUUGGCGUCGUAAGCUUGUGUAUACUGGACGGUUACGACAUGAUCAAUAAAUGGUAUUAUGGUGUGGCUUGCAGUCUUAUUUAAUUCUAUACACCCAAAUGACUUUCGGGAA